UCGGCAGGUGGCAGCGGUGGCGCCGUGGCGCGUCUAUUCCAACAAUAUUCUGUUCCCUUCCCUGUUGUCUGUUUUGGUUUUGUUUCGAUUUUUCGAUUGAUGCAAUUUGCAGUUUGUUUUUAUUUUUUGUUUUCUGUUCUAUUUUCUAUCACAGAGUUUAAACUAACUCUGUGCUUUCUGUCGUGGCCUGCUCGCCCUGCUCUGCUGCCCCCAAAGCGCUUGCGACGGCCGUCUGUAAUCUCCUUUCGUUCAAACAUGCUCGAGGACCAGCCUGACGGAUUAGAUUCGUAUCUGCCAGCGACCAUCUGCGGCUUCCGAUGGCGUAGCGUCAUGCACCUGGUGGAUGCUGCUGUUCUCCUAGUAGUGCAUUUGGUGCAAGCCAGCGUGCUCAACUACUACAUAAUCUCGCACUACAGUCACUCGACCCUGGCGUACCUCUGGUUCGCCGCCGACUUCAUCUGCCUGUUUGUCUUUGCAGGCACCUUGACCGUGGCUUUCAAGUACUUCAGCCGCCCUGAACACAAUACGGACAGUGCCUCAUUCACCCUGUCGCCAGACCACUUCAUCAACGGCUUCCCAACCUCUCGAUUUGGAGUGUUGCCUCUAAGCUAUGUUUCUUGGCUAUUUUACUCGGCCAUUCUCAUUGCUAAGGUUGCAGUCAUCUACAGGUCUGAUCUGCCUGAACAACUGCACCCCAAAGAUCUUUUCGGGCCUCAGUUACUUCAGGUGACAAUUGCUUUGGGAGCGGUAGUUUUUCUCCUCUUGGCCGAGAGCCAUAACUGGGCUCGUCACCGCUCACCCCGUUACCAGUUUGUGACCUCGACCUGUGCCCACUCUGGACUGGCUGUGCUGGACACAGUUUCUCUCCUCUCUGUUCUAUUACCUCAAGAUGCCAACCGAGCUACGGAGCCCCCUGAGCUCUUAAUGGACCUGAUUCUGGCUCUCUGCCUUUUCAACCUUUUACUCCCAGCUAUGGCUCUGUACCGCCUGGGUCUCUCUGAACCUUCGGCUGCCAAGGCGCAGCAGUCGUUGGUGCUUCCGUUCAGCGUUUUGCAUGACAUCACGCACUUUCUGCUGGUCGAUCUUCCCUUCUUGGGAAUUCGUUCGUACCUCUGGAUUGGCCAUCGGCAGCACACGUCUCUCUUCAUGAUGAAAAACGUACUUGGAAUUAUGGUCACUGUGCGAGGUUUGCAUCCUGACCUGUAUGCCCUCUUCAAACGCAGGAGGAGGAGGCAGCAAGAAGAGGAAGAAAAGCGUCAGCAGGGUGAGAACCUGCUUGAGGUCAAGCAAUCUGCCAGCACUGAGGAAAAUAGAGUGGAUGACAAAAGCCAAUAGACUGAUUUAUUUUAGACACCAUGUUAUCCAAAAAUACGCAUAUGCUACGUGCACAAAUCUCAUACACAAAAUCUCAUCAUCAGCAAUAUAGCUGCAUAAUUAUGUAGUAAUUUAUUGGAUAUUUAGAUUAUGUCUAUGAUCAGUAUUUUAAAAUCAUUAAAUUUUUAAUGAUGAUAUUGUCUAAAAUUAUAUACAGCGAUUUAUUUGCUGGAAUAUGAAAUCAUAUAUAUUAUGUAUAUUUUUGAGAAUGAAAUUUACUGAAAUUAUUUGCAUUAUAUAUGGAAUGUGCACAUUUUUAUGUGCCAUUAAUCAUGACACCUGUCUAUUUCAUAGAUUAUUUGAAGAAUUUUUUAUUAAACUGUGCUUUAAUGAUUAAAGGGCCUAUGAUUCAAAAUGUAUAUUAUCUCACAAUACAAUAUAAUAUAUUAUGACUUGUGAUGUGAUUUUUACAUUGAUAUGAUAAUGACAUUCAAAUGUAAUUUUUUUUUUAAAUUUAAAGUUUUCUAAUGUAAUAAAGAUUUUUCACUUCAUGU